AAGGACCUUGGAUGGCGCAUGCGCACACGCGUCUGAUCCGGCUGACAACUGCAGCAGGGAGAUAACGGACAAACAAUCGGCGGCGGCUGGCUAGCGUAGGGAAGUAAUAAGCCUGAUUAAAAGCUUGUUUUACCUGGUAAAGUAAUGAGGUAAAUAGUCAGAUAAUCUAUAAACCCAGUCUCUUGUGGAACAGACAGGCGUCACCACCGUGAAAAUGGACCAGGAGUUUGAAGACAUAGAUUCAGAAGGCCGGUGGCAAAAAUUGUACUCUGAAAUAAGGAAUCAGUCCCACGAAUGCUCCUACAAAGUGGCAAAGUAUCCAGAGAACCGCACCAGAAAUAGAUACAGAGAUGUCAGUCCAUUUGAUCACAGUCGGGUUAAACUGGAGAGCACAGAAAAUGACUACAUCAAUGCAAGCCUCGUAGUGAUGGAAGAAGCCCAGAGAAGUUACAUAUUGACUCAGGGUCCCCUUAAGAACACCUGCGGCCACUUUUGGCUCAUGAUCUGGGAGCAGAAAACAAAGGCUGUCAUCAUGCUAAACAGGGUCAUAGAGAAAGGAUCAGAAAAGUGUGCUCAGUACUGGCCCACGGCCGAUGAGAGGGAGAUGGCCUUUAGAGACACGCGUCUGUUGGUUCGACUGUCAUCAGAGGACACCAAGUCCUACUACACCACCAGAGUGUUGGAGCUGCAGAACAUUAACACAGGAGAGAAGAGGGAGAUUUACCAUUUUCAUUACACCACGUGGCCGGAUUUUGGUGUCCCCGAGUCCCCAGCGUCCUUCCUGAACUUCCUUUUCAAGGUGCGGGAGUCAGGGGCUCUGGGCGUGGACCACGGGCCGGCGGUGGUGCACUGCAGCGCCGGGAUCGGACGCUCAGGGACGUUCUCAUUAGUCGACACAUGUUUGGUCCUCAUGGACAAGAGGAAAGACCCGUCAUCAGUGGACAUCAAAGGCAUCCUGCUGAAUAUGAGAAAGUACCGAAUGGGUCUGAUCCAAACGCCUGACCAGCUGCGCUUCUCCUACAUGGCCGUUCUGGAAGGAGCCAAGUUCAUCAUGGGAGACUCCUCUGUACAGAAUCGGUGGCGGGAAUUGUCCAGGGAGGAUCAGGCGCCAGUUGUGGAGUCGCCGCCCUCCAGCCAGCUGCAGAGCAGGUGUCCCCCAGAGCAAUUCAACGGCAGCCAGCGAGGAAGUCAGCAGGAAGAGGGAGGAGAAUACCGACAGGAUGGCAAAGUACCGAUGCAGUCUCCCUGCAAGGAGCAGGAUCUGGACGGCAGCACAACACACAAACGGCGCAGAGAAGACAGCAUCUCCAAAUCCACCACAGCCAAGACACCCCAAAGCAAGUCUCGGUCAAAUGACUCGGAGAGGAAGAGAAAAAGGGCAAAAACCAGUGACUGCUAACAGCUCCAGCAGCAACGUCUGGGAAAUCCAGCGCUCUCCCAACCAACUUCCAGAACUCCAAAACCAAUCUUCCUCUCCACCAUCUUUAGAAAACCCCCCCCCCCCCUCCCAGCGUGUCCACAUUUUUCCUCUCUCUGAAUUGUUUACAGAUAAACACACCAGCGUUUCACGCUUUCCCCACAGACCGCACCUCACACACUGUUAGGGCCGCUUACAGGCAGAAUAAGUAGUGGGGGGGGGGUUCCCCAGCUUUUAUUUCCUUCAUGAUUUCUUUUAUGUUUUUACGCUUUUAUGGCGAGACUGAUAACAGACUAUGCAUUGCCAAUUUGUAAUGCUGUUCAUAUGUGUAUUUUUGGAAAACAUUUCUUUCAAAGGCGAAAAUGAAAAUGUUCUAUUUUUUAUAAAGAGAUUACUUGAAGAUUUUCAGGUGAAUUUGGGGGUUGGUAUGACGACGAGCGUGGCCUCCUCCAAAAAUCCACACAAGUGGCAUAAAGAGUUUCCAUGUUGUACAUAGUACUCUUUUUAAAAAGAUGUGUAUAAAAGACUUAUUUUUGCUUGUAUAAAAAUCAUAAAGAGCUAAUGUUACAGAACUCAACACAGCUGAAAACCUCUUAUGAUUUUUUUUUUUUCCUCUUUUGAAAUGGAUUUGUCUUAAGUUUCCCUAAGAGUGUAAUCAAAAUAAAACUGAUAGUAUCUAAU